AUGGGCGAUCGUCAUUUAUUUCUCGGAAAUUUAUGUCAUGUGUCUAUCGAAUGUUUACGUUCACACUGUGAGAAAUAUGGUACAAUCACUGACUUGUCUAUCAAUCGAGACAAUGAUAAUAAUAUUUAUCAUUGUUUCGGCUUUCUUGCGUAUCAAUCAGCUCAUUCGACUACAGAAUUUAUGUCUACACGACCGCAUUGUCUUAAUGGAGAGGAAAUCUUUGUUAAACGUGCUCUGCCGCGUGCAACCGCAACAAUUCCUGAACGACUUGUUGUCACAAACCGACUAGUCAUACGUCAAGCAACGAAAUACGAGAAACGAUCUCUGAGGAAUUAUUUUCAAAAACUCGGUGACAUUAGAAAGUUUGAUUACAACAAAGGUUUCAUCGACUUCGAGGAUUAUGACACUGUCGAUCGUAUUCUACUUGCACGACCACAUUAUCUCGAUGAUAGGCAAGUGCAUGUUACUAAAUUCAUCCCGACCGAACAAACAAUUGUUGAUGAAAAUGACAAUGAUGAUGAACUCACUUCUCUUGUCGAAGAAGAGACAUUCAAAAUCAAAUACGAGUGUCUUGUCAAACAAUUUGAAGAGUAUAAAGAAACGAAAGAGAAUGAAGUGAAUUUUCUUCGCAAAGAAAUCGAACGGCUAAGAGAAGAACUAUCUGACAUCACACAGGUGAAAUUAGAUAAAUUAAUAAAAAAUCAACAAUCGUUUCAUAAUCAAUUCCUCCAGCAUCGUUUGUCAACAUCGGGUUUCACUCAUGCACAAAUGUGUGAGAGUUUUCUUCAAUCAACAACGAGCAGAAAACGUCGAACAACAGAAGAUGAACAGAAUAUGUUCUGA